CGGUGACCCAGUUGAGAAGAAGCUGCAGAGAAGAGUUUUGGAUAGACGGUUGCAGAGAAACGAGGCUAAGCUUGCACUAUGCCAUCAUCACCCACAAAGAAAUCUGAAUUAAGCUCAAGCAAUAUGCAAUUAAUAAACUAUGAAUUUAAAAUAAUAAAUAAGGUUUUCCGAUUCAAUUAGGUAUGCAAAUAAAUAAGGAUUUCUGAUAUAAAGGGUAGAACGCAUAGAGAUCUAUUUUUCCUUUUUGGAAAAGGAAUACUAAGACGGGGGGGAUAAAAGCCGGUUUCCAGCCUCCUAUAUAUACCCCAAUCGCUAUUAGCCAUAAAAGCCCCAAAUAUAAGUCUUGCGCAGCAAACAACGUCUAACAGAGAGCACAAACAACAAUUUUGGGUAACCUGCAGGCACGCUGUGAUGAUGAUGAUGAUAAGCUCCAUCUCGCCCUUACCAGCUCCUCCUACUUCUGUCACGACACAUACAAAGCCUAUUGGCAUCAUCCCUCCACCUCCAGAAACAGCAAAAAUCAUCAACAAAACUGCCAAGCACGUUUCCAAGAAUGGACCGAAAUUUGAGACGAAGGUCAUCACUGAAAAGACUAGACUAAAUCCAGAUCCAAAAUUCGACUUUUUGAAUUCCUCACAUCCCUACCAUGCAUAUUAUCAGCACCGGGUGGCCGCGUUCCUUUCCCAGCCUGAUCAGUCUUCUGAAGAGCCAGCUCCAGCUCCAGUUGUAGAUGUUAAAGCUGGAACACCAAACCCUGAUUCCCUCUCCCAGCUUAGACCUGAAUGCAAAGUGCCCGAACCCGAAGAGUUUACUGUUCAGCUCCCUCAAGGAAUUAGUGGAGAAGAACUGGAUGUUAUGAAGCUCACAGCCCAGUUUGUAGCUCGGAAUGGGAAAUCGUUUUUGACAGAAUUGACAAGUAGAGAGAGUAAAAACCCCCAGUUCUAUUUUCUCAAUCAUAAACAUAGCUUGUUCAAGUUUUUUACUUCUCUGGCGGAUGCAUAUUCAAAGGUGUUGAUGACAGAAGAAGGGAUGACAGAGAAACUGAAGAAGAACGCGGCGGACAUGACCAUCGUGCUAGAGCGGUGUGUGCAUCGGCUGGGGUGGGAGCAUUAUCAAAAGCAGGCAAAGCAGAAGACUGAAGAUGAGAUUGAGCAGGAAAGGUUACAAAUGGCUGCAAUUGAUUGGCACGAUAAUGUCUUGGUCCAAGUCAUAGACUUUGAUGAUGUUGAGGAUGACUAUUUACCUCCUCCGCUGAGCCUUGAAGAGGUUAUAAGUAGGAGCAAAGUCGUUAUGGAAGCAGAUGAUAAUGUCGAGGAGCAUAGGGAUGUUGAAAUGGAUUUGGAUGAAGAAGAGAUGCAGCUUGUUGAAGAAGGCAUGAAAGUAACGGAGGUGGAACAAGCACCAAUGAGAAUUGUGAAGAACUGGAAGAGACCCGAGGAGAGGAUGAUCCAAUCCAGUGCCGAAAGAGACAUGACGAUUUCCCCCAUUACCGGGGAGCUUGUCCCUAACAAUGAGAUGUCUGAGCACAUGAGGAUUUCCCUCAUUGAUCCAAGAUACAGAGAACAGAAAGAAAGGAUGUUUGCUAAGAUUCGGGAGACUAGUCUUGUUCUUGCUCAGGACGAUGAGAUCUCAAGAAACAUUGUGAACCUUGCGAGAACCCGGCCUGACAUUUUUGGUUCCACAGAGGAGGAAGCUUCCAAUGCUGUUAAGGCUGAGUUUGGAAAGCAGGACAAGCAGCAGGUCAUAUGGGAUGGUCAUGCUGGAAGCACUGGCCGCGCAGCAAAUCAAGCCAUGUCACAGAAUGCCAAUGGAGGUGAUAAAACUGAUGUUGUGAACAAUGAGGUAAGGAACCUUCCUGGUCAGGCGAGACCUUCAGUUCUUCCUCUUCCACCACCUAGUGUUGUUGCCGUUAAUCUUCCUAGUGUUCCUGCAAACACAGUUCAGUAUGCAGGUACAAAUAGCAGUGAUUUCCCUGUCCAAUUUCCAUUGGUUAAGACUACUAUGCCUCCGUCAAUGUUUAUGUCUGCAGCUAGUAUACCUGUACCUCCUCCACCUGUAUCUGAGUUUACAACCAUGCAAAUGGCCUACAUACCUACAAACACAAUGCCGAUGCCUCCACCGCCUUUGCCUCAUGUGCGGCCACCAACACCUCCGCAUGCAGAACCUAAGCCAAAGCGACAGAAGCUUGAUGAUUCAAUGCUUAUUCCAGAAGAUAAAUUUCUGGCACAGCAUCCGGGACCGGUCGGUAUCAAUAUAUCUGUUUCCAUUGUUGACGAAGGUAACCUCAGAGGACAACUUUUGGAGAUCACAGUGCAGUCUUUAUCAGAAACUGUUGGCAGUCUGAAAGAGAAAAUUUCUAGGGAAAUCCAGCUUCCGGCAAACAAACAGAAAUUGAGUGGAAAUACGGGCUUUCUUAAAGACAAUUUGUCCCUUGCAUAUUACAAUGUAGGGGCAGGACAAACACUUGCUCUUUCAAUAAGAGAGCGUGGUGGAAGAAAGAGAUGAACGGUUUGCUGCAAUUUUCAACUAUGUAUCAUUUAUGACUUCUGUUAUUCCUUUUACCUUCUUUGCUAUUAUAUUACAGAUUUUGUCUUUAUAAGAUGAUACUCAUGUCUUCAAUCUUCUCUACUUCCAGGUUCGAUGCUGCUUCCACCAAUGUUUCUUAAACUAACAAUAGUGAACAAGAAAGACGAGUAUUUCUGACUUUAGUUUUAAUUUAUCAUGUAAAUAAUAUUGGAAAAAUGGAAAGGAAAAAAAAAUCUAUGGUAAUGGUUCUGGCCAGAGGUACAAUGGUAAUGAAAGGUUUACAAAAUGGAGUCAAGAGAAUCAGGAAAAAAAACAAGCAAAACCAAAGCCUGUUUGAUGCUGAGGGGUGGCAAGUGGUACAGUAUGGAAGGAGGGUCUGAUAUAGAUCUGAAUAAGCUUGCCAAGUUCAUCAAAUACCAGAAGAAUUAGAUAGGACCCCCACGUUCACACACUUUUCUUUUACUAUUCUGACAUUGCAAAGUGAGUAGCAAAGGAAAGCAACUGUUUAAAGUUAAAGCAUUGUUGUACUAAAGACUUUUUACUGAAAUCAAUUCAUUUGCAUCUAUCUCUAGUUUAAGUAGUAAUAUCCAGUAAGGAAAAGUUUCAAGAAAGCUCACAUUGCGUACACGACAAAUGGCCUUGGAACUGUCCAGGGCAUUCAAUAGAUUGAUAAGCAUUUCCCUAGAAAGUAUACUUGCCAUAGCCACAGAAUCUUUCCCAACGCAGUCAGAGUCAUAUCCUUUAACAAGCAGUGGGCGAUCACAAGCCUGCCGAUGGUGCAAAAGCAUCAAAAAGGAUAUUUGCAUAGUUUUGAUUUUCUGUACCAGCAGCAGCAU